UUUCAGUUUUACUUCUACGUUGCCCGGUAAAACCUCCAGGUAUUUAAGAAAAUAAAUCCGCCCAACGAUUGUCGGGCCACUCUGGAAUAUAUUUUGAACGCACACUUAUUCUCUACACUGGGGGUUGUAGUUUUCAGCAUUUUUAUGUGUAUUGUGAAAACCGCCCCGUAGGCUCGCUUACCAGGCUUUACUGUAGCUAUUUUUCUACAGGAGCAACCAAUCAUUUUCGACUGAGACGUGUUCCUGAAUUGUGUCCUCCAAUGGAUGAGCGUAGUUUUAACAGAGGCGGGACAUGUAUACAUGUCAAUCAUUCUCAGGAGGCGGGGAAAGGAUCACAGAAAGAGCUAGGCUAGAGGAGCUACACAACAAGGCAAACAGCAGCUCUCUGCGAAAACCACUUUUACCAAUCCGCAACCAACGUUAAUCAGGGUCCAACGGACGACGUUAAAACAGACCAUCUUUUCCACAUAAAUGUUCCUAUGGAUUACUGAUACACUUUCGUCGAAAAAAAUAAGUGUUUAUCAACUUGACAGCAUAGUGUGGGAUUCGUUACACUGGUCACCUAGAGAGAUGAAGACUCUGGAGGAGCCCCCCUACCUGACAGUAGGGACGGAUGUGAGUGCCAAGUACAGAGGGGCUUUCUGUGAAGCCAAGAUUAAGACUGCCAAGAGGCUUGUCAAGGCCAAGGUGACCUUUAAAUCAGAUCUGUCAACAGCUGAGGUCCACGAUGAAAACAUCAAAGGACCUCUAAAGGUGGGGGUUGUUGUGGAGGUGAAGAAUCAGGAUGGAGUUUACCAGGAGGCCACAAUUAAUAAGCUGACUGAUGCUAGUAUAUAUACUGUUGUGUUUGACGAUGGUGAUGAGAAGACCCUGAGGCGUUCCUCACUCUGCCUCAAAGGAGCACGUCACUUUGCAGAAAGCGAGACACUCGACAGGCUCCCUCUGACCAAUCCUGAGCACUUUGGCACACCUGUCAUUGGCAAGAAGGGCAACCGAGGCCGAAGAUCAAAUCCGAUUCAAGAGGAGGAGUUGUCUUCGUCUUCCAGCGAGGAAGAGGAGAGCGAUCAGAGACAGAAUGAAGAUUUGUUCGGCAAGGUGGUCUGCGUAGACGGGGUCACCACCGGCGACAAAAAGAAGACUACGUGGUAUCCUGCUUUGGUCAUCUCCCCGGAUUGCCACGAGGACAUGACGGUGAAGAAAGACAACAUUUUUGUCCGCUCAUUCAAGGAUGGGAAAUUCUACAUGGUGCUCCGGAAAGACGUCCGUGAGAUUGACAGCAAUUGUCUUCCAAAGGCCGACGCAGGGCUCAAACCAGCACUGGAUUCAGCCUUGGACUUCCUGCAGAAUCUUGUUGUGCCCAGCAUCUGGAAGACCGAAGUGAAAGAGGAAAGUUCUAGCAGCGAAGAGGAGGAUGAGGAUGAGGAAGAAGAGCAGGAAGAGGAUGCAAGCGGUGAAGAGGAGGAGGAGGAGGUGGAGCCGUUCCCAGAGGAGAGGGAGAACUUUCUGCAACAACUCUACAAGUUCAUGGAAGACAGAGGUACUCCCAUCAAUAAGCGGCCUGUUCUUGGCUACAGGAACCUGAACCUGUUCAAACUCUACAGGCUGGUACACAAACUGGGAGGCUUCGACAAUAUUGAAAGCGGCUCCAUUUGGAAGCAAGUUUAUCAGGAUCUGGGCAUCCCUGUUCUCAACUCAGCUGCUGGCUACAAUGUCAAAUGUGCAUACCGCAAGUAUUUGUACGGAUUUGAAGAAUACUGCACCUCCACUGCCAUCGCAUUCCGGAUGGAUCUGCCUUUAAAGCAGUGUCCCAAGGGAGAGGUGAAGUCUGAGGAAGAGGCAGGAGGAUCAGCUCCCACAUCGUCCAGCUCAGAAGAGCAGAAAGCCCAGGUGGAUGGGCAACCUUGCAGUGCACAGUCGAUAGACUCCAAGGAGGAGAAACCCGAUUUGACCCGAAAUAAAACGGACUCUGAGCCAUUAAAAACAGAAGGAAAGGAAAGCGGAAACGAUGACGACGACGAUGAUGAAGACGACGGACCUCUGAAGGGUGACGCAGAGGAAGGCUCAUCAACGUCUCGCCUCUUAGCCGACAGCGGGAAACAGGAGGAGCACGAUGACGAGCAGGAGAGCAAGGACAACUCUGGGGAUGACAGCAGUCAGGAGGGGGAGGAAGGGGAGGAGUUUGAGUGUUACCCCCCGGGGAUGAAGGUGCAGGUGAGGUAUGGGCGAGGCCGCAAUCUGAAGACGUACGAGGCCACUGUGAAAGAGGCAGACGUGGAGGGGGGAGAGGUGCUCUACCUGGUGCACUACUGUGGCUGGAACGUCAGAUAUGAUGAAUGGAUCAAAGCAGACAAGAUUGUGCGCCCCGCCAAUAAGAACGUACCAAAAAUAAAGCACCGCAAAAAAAUAAAGAACAAAGCUGAGAGGGAGCGAGAGACGUUGGAGCGGCUUGAUGAAAGAGAAGUCCUCGGCCCUUCGCCCAACACCAACAGAGUCCCACGCUCCAAAUGUGGACUGAGUCAGGAUGUCUUUUCCAAGAUGGACGAGGGUGAGGACAAAGGGACUCAGCAGUCUCCUGUCAAGUCUAUAGAAAUUACUUCUAUCCUCAAUGGCCUGCAAGCCUCUGAGAUGUCCACAGACGAAAGUGAGCAUGAGGACGGGGAGGGAGAGCAUCAUGAAGAGAAUCAGCCCGGUAGCCGUGGCAGCCUCAGAAAGGGCCCACCAGAGCCGCCGCAAAUAUCAGAGCGUUGGGAGAGCGGUGCACCCUCUGAGGGAUGCAAACUGUCCUCAGUCUCUGGAAAGACUCAGGAUGGCAUCAGCACAGAGAAUGCUGACACUGGGAAGCGUAGAGGCCACCCGGAGUUGGACGGAGAGGUGAGCACCAGGAAGAGGAAAUCUGACAGUGUGGCAGAGAGGAUCGCAAAAGGUCAAUCCAGAGCUAAGACCAGGAACACCAGGAGUGCUGAUUGGUUACCCGGAGGGUCUCCUAGGAAGCUGGAGGAGAGAGCAGCUGGCCCUGGAGAGGCGAGGGAGGCCUUCUCUAGCAGCAGCUCAGAUGAUGAGAAUCCAGCACUGGUAGAGUCCCAGGCAGAGGAGAGUGUGCGAAGCCGGCCAAAAACCAAAGGUUCACCUUCCAAGAAGUACAAUGGGAUGAAGGAAAAGACCAAAACUGGCAGACAAGCAGGCUUCUGGGAGAUUCCUGAAAAGAGGGCCAAAGUUUCUGGGAAUGCAGAGGAAAGGGUUGCUGUUCGCCCUAAAGGACAAAAAGAUGUAUGGUCCAGCAUCCAGGCCCAAUGGCCAAAGAAGACUCUAAAAGAGUUGUUCUCUGACUCGGACACAGAAGCCGCCAAUUCUCCUCCCCCACCAGUACCCCCAUGUCUAGAGGAGCCCAGUGUGGAACAGGAUGCUGGACCUGAGGAUGAGGUCUCUGAGGAACAAAUGGAAAAUGACAAGCUUCAGGAGUUCCCAAGCAGCGGCAGCAACUCUGUGCUCAACACACCACCAACAACGCCUGAGUCUCCCUCGGGAGGAGGUAGCACAGUAGAAGACGCUGGUCAAGCACAGCCUUGCUCCCCGCUACCAUCCGUGCCCCCUGCCUUGCCCUCAGAACCGGUUUCUGACACUCUUCCCCCAGCACAGGAGGAAGUGGCAGGAGGACGUAGCGAGACAGACAGCAGCACGGUGGAGGUGGAGAGUCUGGGUGGGGAGCUGCAAGAGCUCCCACAGGACGAAGGGGAAGGUUCCCCCUCAAAGGUGUACGACGUCAGCCUCUCCUGCAACAGUAGCAGCAGCUGCAGCUUAGAGCUGAGCAGCAGCAGCCAACAGGAGAGUGAGCAGAAGUCCAAAGUGUCUGUGAGUCAAAAGCGGCAGAAAGAGUCACAGACGGGUGGCGCCUCAAAGAAACACAAGCCAAACCGCAAGAGCCUUGGUGUGCCUCCCAAAAAGAAUAGGAAAACAGCCAACAGCAGUGACAGUGAAGACCAGUCUGUCAUUGAGGGCACUGCCAAAUCAACUGCCUCCAAGAACCACACAUCAGACCUGAAGGCUGCCACUUCACCUAAGUGUCACGGACGAUCUCCCCCCUCCAGCCAUAAGUACCACAAGCAGGCUGAUGGAGAUCACACCCAGAGCAGAGACAACCAUGGAAGAUCGCCACGUGUGUACAAGUGGAGUUUCCAGAUGUCUGAUCUGGAAAAGAUGGGCAGUCUAGAGAGGAUUUCGUUUCUUCAGGAGAAACUGCAAGACAUCAGGAACCACUACCUCUCCCUGAAGUCUGAGGUGGCUUCUAUUGACAGACGAAGAAAACGCAUGAAGAAGAAGGAAAGAGAAAGCACAGUAGCUGCUUCCUCCUCCUCCUCUUCUUCUUCCUCCCCGUCCUCUAGCUCGCUGACAGCGGCAGUCAUGCUGACGCUUGCCGACCCUCCAGUAUCAUCAUCCUCCUCCUCAUCUCAGAACUCUGGGGUAUCAGUGGAGUGCAGGUGACAGGACAAAACAGCAAAGAGCCACCGCACUAAGCACUUAACCAGCACCCCCGGGGCGCCGCACCCAUUCCCUCUCAACAGGACGGAUGGAAGAGUCAACCUACAUACUGUAACUAGUGGGGCACAAAAACCAGACCAGAGACAAAAACAAGAAACAAGCACUAUUUUCUACUGACAACUGUUUCCUUGGCAAGCUAAUGGCACUUAAGUGCACUUUUAUGAAGAUUAUGUAGGGAGGGGGGUGAAAUUUAUCAAAUAAUAAAAAAAAAUAAAUCAGAUUCGUCUUUUGCGCUAUCCUCAGUUGAACAUUUCCAAGAGUUGUUUUUUGCAAGCAAUAAUUGUUUCCAUUUGAUAAAGUUGUAUUGGUAGGGGAUCAUUUCCAGUGGACACCCCUCCCCCCUUCUGCACCCUGCCCAGCUUGUGGUUGCCGUGUUAUUGUGGGAUGUUCAGAGGAACACUGCCACUUUGGUAUUAAGGGCAUAUACAAAAUUCAUUUUGACACGUUUCUCUGCCCACCUACACGUGGUUAAACCUGAAGGGGUUGACUUUGCUCUUUUCACGUACAGGCACAUGAUCCUGUAUGUGUUUGCAUGUAGGUGGUGAUGGAUUGGGUUUCAGACCAUCUUGGGUUCUCUUGACUGCCUCAGUGGAUGAACAUCAAAUGAUUCUGUAGUGCCUUUUUGUUCUUCUCCAUGAGGCACUUUGAGAAAGGACAGCACUUUUUUUUUCUCCUGAUCCUCUUCUCAAAUCAGAGGGUCAGCUGGAAUAAUGUGUCCCUUUAUAAAAGACUGAAGAAUGCUGUAUGAGUGAGCAGGACAGGCCUGACAGAUAAUGAUGGAUGUUUUAGGAAUAUGCAUUGGAAAAGCAGAGCUCCUAUUACUGGAUCACCCAUAAUCUACUACUGAAUACUCAUCCGGCUUGGGGUAUUACUGUUGAGUUUGGCAGUAUAAUACGUGCAAUGAUGUUAGUAGUAAAUGGUCACAUUACUUCAGUUCAUAAGCCUUUUAAAAACCAAUCUGCUUUAUUCCAUUAUGUUUUGUCAUCGCCCAUUUAAACCCCUCAAACCAGUCAUCCUCACUCAAGAUGUGAGGUGCAACUGAAUCAAAUUAAGUGUUGCCACACACUUAAAGUAAAAAAGCAGAAACCUACAUUUGCAGUGUUUCAAACAUGAAGUUUUUCUUUUUGUAUUAUUUUUUAUUAGGUGUAUGUUUGCUGCAUUAAAUAAAGCAACAUAUACAUUUUUUCUUUUUAUCUUUUUUGGUAUGACAUGCCAGCUUCUUCUCAUGCUCAUCCCUACCAAACCAGUUUGGUUCUGUUUUCUGUAUUAUGACCAGAAUAAAGGUAGAGAUAUUGUAAAUGUGCAUUUAUAUCAUAAAGUGACGUAUGUGUAAACAUUUCUGAAGAAUCUCUGGUGUUUCCUUUGUAUAGAUCCCUUGCUGUAUAAUAACCUAAAGUUGCAUUUUGUUCUGCACUUGUAUGUAAUUGUAUGCUUUUGUUAUACAUUUGUAUAUUGAGAAGUGUUUUGAGUCAAGCUAUUUAAUAUCUUGCACUGUUAAUAACAUGUACUUUUCUGUACAGACAGUUUUAUGGUUUUAACUGUAGUUUGAGUGUAAAUACUGAGGGUUACAGCAUGUAUGUUCUCUUAAAUCUUCCUUUCUCCUUUUCCUCCAUUUGAGCUAAUUUUUGUUCUGUUCUGUCUUGUCAUUCUGUUUUUCUGUUUGUUCUUUUCUUUGUAUUUCAUCUUUGCUUUAGUUCGUACUCUUCUGUUUUUCUGUAGGUUUUGAUUGUUAGAGAAGAAUGUUGGUUUUUGGAUGUGGCUGAACUGUUUUCUAACCUGUACAUGGCCCAAAGCUGAAGCUCUAUGAACCUGUAUAUGGAAAACAGACUGCAUUAUAGAUUCAGAGAAAGUAAUGGAGCUUAUUGGAAAAAUUAUCAAUAGUAUUUAUUAGGCUCAUCUGAUGAUGGUCAUUGUGUAAUUUAUUGUAAAAAUGUAAGCAAAGCAGAAGCCUCUGAAAUAAAUGCCAUAGUUUGUGAA